UCAUGGGGCAUCCAGGCAAUAGGGGAACAUGGGGCCCCUCUGUCCUUGCCCAAACUCAUAAAAGCCUAUGAAAAAGGUACCAGGGGCAUCUUAUGGGGCCCCCUACUGACCCCGGGCCCUCGGGCAGUGCCCGAGUUUCCAAAUGGUCAGUCCGCCCCUGCUCAGCCUAGUAAGGUGGAGGUGAAAACAGGCCUAUCCUAUCCAACAGCUUCUACGAGGAUAGAGCUACAAUUACAUCCCAAUGUGAAGGAAAUCCCAGCUUUGACAGUUGUCAUUUGAAGAAUUUUCCCUCACCUAAUGCCCCAGUGGAAAACAUAAGGGUUGAU